AUGUAUGCUUUAGUUCGCUUUGUUGAGGAUCAGGACAAUAAACUGCACAUUAUUCGGGCUUCUACAAUCGCGGACUUCGAGCCAGUGGACGAGAAAGACUUUGACAGCCGAAGGUUGUACCGGGCGUAUUGGUGCGAUGACAAGAAUACCGAAAAUAGUGGGUACUAUCCUGUCCAGAUUUUGAUGUUGGCAGAAACAGAGGAAAAACUCGAGGAUGUGCGAGCGACCAAAAGGGUACCCCGUCCAAAAUUGUGGACCGAUGAAAGUCGCAACGACGAAAGUACAAAUGCAAAGAAGAACACAAAGCAAGCGCAGAAACGAAAGCACGAGGGCAAGGCAAAGAAGGAAGACUACGACGCUAUAUUAGAAGAGCGUCUGGGGACCAAGGGAGCCUCGACCAGCAAAGAAUCUUCUAAAAAGUGGCAGAAAAAGAAGACACGGUCAAGGAAGUCGUCGACUGAGUCUGAUGUGAGUGAUGACUACCUAGUUUCAUCAACCGAAGUUCUCGCAUUGAAAGAGAAGAACAAAAGGCUCACGCGACAGCAACGUGACAUGAGAGAGGAAAUACUUUUCCUGAGGGAAGAAGUCAGGUCACUGCAGCGGUGCCUAGAAUCACGUAUGCUGUCAGGCGACAGAGGGCAAGCACAGAAGCAAGAUGUCUGCGCUUCCGCAGGAGCUAGUGGGAGCCAGGUGUUGGCAGAAACCCCUCUGGCAUGUGUACCUCAAGGUACAUACAAGGAUUUCAGCUACACUGAAGAUGGAUCUUUUCAUCUGUCCAGGGGCAUUGUCAUCAACAGAGUUGCUGCUGGAAAAAUUUUUGCAGACAAAAAGCCCACAGUUGCUGCCAAAGACAUCGCACAAGCAGUGUGGGGACGAGAGGUCCUCAUGACACGGUCCGUGAGUGGACAGCUGCCUCCAAAGCAGCGGCAUUCGGGGAUGGAGCCGAAGCAGCCCUUAACACCAGAGAAAGUAGAUAUCGUUACAGAGGCCCUGCGCCACUGGGGUGACAAGAAGGGGAUACCAACAGACAGUGUGGUCAAGAAUCUCACGAGGGUCCUGUCAGAAAAAAUUCAGGAUCUCGUCCGGCAGGAAAAAAAAUCAAAAUAA